AUGUUUUUUGCUACUUUCGUUUCUUCUAAUUCUAUAAUUCUAAAGGCAACUUCACAGGGACGGGAUAAAUUGACAGCUUCUUUGACUUACUUUAGUGCGCUAAAUGAGACGAAGGAGAUUCUCAAGGUUGCACAAGAAGUCAUGGUUUGUGAUAAAGUCAAGUUUAGUUUGGAUAAAAGUGAUGCGUCUCCAACCAUUUUCCGUCCCUGGGCCCCUGCUAUUUAUCAGGAGGUUGUGCUAAGGCAUCCAGUGACUAGAAAUGGUUCUCUUCAGACAUGGGUAUUGUGUCUGUGUCUGCUUCUGGGGUUGUCCAGGCCAAGAAGCCUGGUUGUCGUUGAAGUUUCUGUCCCAGCAUCUAUGGUCAUACUCCUUAACUUCCCUGUUGAGACUGUUGUAGGAACACAUCUUCAAGCUGCUGUUACAAUGAAAGCAUCAAAUGGUGCAUAA